AGCACAAGUCCAAUGGUGGAGAGAGGCCCUUUAAAUAUGAGAGACUACCCUACUAGUCACAGUGCAGUAGCUUCUCCUCCUUUCUUCUCUGACCAACUUUCUUCUGGUUUUAGCUUAUAUAUGACUACUUUGUAAUUCAGUUAGCAUGAAGAGAGGCUACUCUGAUGAUCGAUCUUAGUCAACUUACCAAAAGAAUUUCAACUUUUUAUUCUUUUUUCAUGUCCAACAGCAGAUAAAGAGAUGUUGUAGUGCUGCAAAAAGCUCCUUGAAUUCUAAACCUUAAGUUCUAUUGUUGCCUCAUGCCAUCAAGGAUGUUGCUAAGCUGUGAUCCACAUGAUAAUGAAGCUGGCUUGAUGCUUUUGGAAGACUUGACCACAAAUGCAAACCAAGUACAAUUGGAGGUGUUGGAGGAGAUACUAACACAAAAUGCAAAUACAGAAUAUCUGAGGGGCUAUCUCGAUGGCCACUCUGAUAAGGGACUUUUCAAGAAGAAAGUUCCUAUUGUUAAUUAUGAAGACAUCAAGCCUCAUAUCGAGCGAAUUGCCAAUGGAGAGCCAUCAAGAAUCAUUUCAGCUCAACCCAUCACUGAGCUCCUCACAAGCUCAGGAACUUCAGGGGGGCAGCCAAAGUUGAUGCCUUCAACUGCUGAGGACUUGGACAGAAAGACAUUCUUUUAUAACAUCCUUAUACCUGUGAUGAACAAGUAUGUUGAUGGCUUGGACCAAGGAAAAGGAAUGUACCUGUUGUUUAUCAAGCCAGAAAUCAGUACCCCUUCUGGCCUGAUGGCAAGACCAGUCCUCACCAGUUACUAUAAGAGCAGUAACUUCAGAAACCGGCCUUUCAACCGGUUUAAUGUUUACACAAGCCCUGAUGAGACCAUUUUGUGUUUGGACAGCAAGCAGAGCAUGUACUGCCAAUUGCUCUGCGGUUUAGUACAGCGGGAUGAGGUGUUAAGGGUUGGUGCAGUUUUCGCAUCUGCUUUCCUGCGGGCAAUCAAAUUCUUAGAGGAUCAUUGGAGGGAAUUAUGCUCUAACAUAAGAACAGGUUGUGUCAGUGACUGGAUCACAGACCCCAGUUGCAGAAAUGCCGUGUCUUCAUUUCUUAGCAAACCCCAACCUGAUCUAGCAGAUUUCAUUGAGUUUGAGUGUAAUGGGGAAUCAUGGGAAGGGAUAAUUAAGAAAAUUUGGCCUAGAACAAAAUACAUAGAGGUCAUAGUUACAGGGUCUAUGGCCCAAUAUAUCCCAACCCUCGAAUUUUACAGUGGUGGGCUCCCUUUGGUUUCAACAAUGUAUGCUUCUUCUGAAUGUUACUAUGGGAUCAAUCUUAAACCAUUAAGCAAGCCUUCUGAUGUCUCUUACACUCUCCUCCCAAACAUGGCCUACUUCGAGUUCCUCCCUGUACAGAAAAACAAUGGGGAAGUGACUCAACAAGUCCAAUGCAAUGGUGGUUGCAUAAAAAAGGAGGGUGAAAGGGUGGAAAUAGAAGUUGUCAGUCUUGUAGAUGUGAAGGUCGGUCACUAUUAUGAACUGGUUGUGACAACUUUUACAGGGCUCUAUAGGUACAGAACUGGAGAUAUACUCAUGGUGACUGGUUUCUACAACAAUGCUCCUCAGUUUCGGUUUGUGCAAAGGAGGAAUGUGGUUUUAAGCAUUGACACUGAUAAAACCAAUGAAGAAGACCUCCUGAAAGCAGUGACACAAGCAAAGCUCCUGCUCGAGCCGUAUGGCUUCCUUCUGACAGAAUACACUAGCUAUGCUGAUACUUCCUCAAUCCCUGGUCAUUAUGUACUGUUUUGGGAGCUCAAAACAAGAGGAAACAAUGAUUUAUCCGAACCUGAUCAUACUAUCAUGGAGCAAUGCUGCUCCACAGUGGAAGAAUCACUGGAUUCUGUUUAUAGGAGGUGCAGGAGAAGAGAUAAUUCCAUUGGACCACUGGAGAUUAGGAUAGUGAAGCCUGGCACAUUCGAUGCCCUCAUGGACUUUUGUGUCUCUCAGGGUUCUUCUGUAAACCAAUACAAAACACCCAGGUGCAUCAAAUCCAAAGAGGCCAUUAAGAUUUUGGACUCAAGGGUGGUGGGAAAAGUUUUCAGUAAAAAGGUUCCUUUCUGGGAGCCUUUCAAAAUGGAAACAAAAUGAAUGACAUUGACAUAGUCAUUGCUGGACACUGGCAUGUAUGUAUGCUUCUGGGGUUGAUUUUCUGGCCCUUGUGCCAAAAAUCUGUGACAAUUUGACAAGUAGAAGCAUUUCUUUACCCUGUUCUAUUGCCUCCCCAUGUAUGCUGGAUUUGUAUGAAUUAGACUACUAGACAUUCUGCCUCUGCAUGUGCAAUUGCAAACUCCCUUUAUUCUCAA